UCUCUCUUUCUCUCUUUCUCAGCCCUUUUUUAUCUCUCGCGCGAUAAUCGCGCGCCUGUAUCUCGCCGCUCGGAUGGACCCAGUGGGCCACGUCGCACGUCCACGCUACGAGCUCCUCCAUUUCCGGUCGGCCGAGUCCGCCGAGCGGCGUGUUCAACCCCCGCGGUUCGCCAGGGGAGGAAGCGGCCUCCUCUCUUUCUCUCUCUCUUUUCCACCCUCCACCCCUCAUUUUCCCUCGUCGGUCCCUCACCGUGUGUCUGUGAACUGACUGCCACCGCCAUCGUCUCCUCCUCUUCCUCCUCUUCCUCCGCCGUCGUCAUCGCCGCCGCCGCCGCCGCCACGAAGAUCGUAGUACCGUCGCGUACCUCGAGUAGCCGAGUACAUCGAGCGUCCAGUAUCCCCGAACCCGCGAAUGCGGAGUACGAGUAUCUGGACCCACCACGCCGGCCGCCUAUCGUCACGAUGCUACUACUCGCGGUGAUCGGGCUGCUCGUCCUCGCCGGCACGACCACCGCCGAGGUCUUCACCAACACGUUCCUGGUGAGGUUGCGGCAGCCGGAGGAGCGGCACGUAGCCGAUCGCGUGGCGGUGAGGAACGGCUUCGUCAAUCUCGGACCGGUACUGGACAGUCGGACGGAGUAUCAUUUCGUACAUAGAGCCUUGCCGCAUGUACGGAGUAAACGGUCUGUGCCGCACACGCGAAAAUUAAAGGUCGACCCUUUGGUGGCCACGGCGAUACAGCAGGCUGGCUUCAAGAGGGUGAAGAGGGGCUACAAGCCCCUGAGCGUGGACAACCUCGUGCCGUUGUACGAAAUGAAGAAUCCCGCGAAUCCGGCGAGCAAGGACCCGACGGAUCCCUUCUUCAAGUACCAGUGGUACCUGAAGAACGUCGGGCAGAACGGCGGUAAGCCGAAGUUGGACCUGAACGUCGAGGCUGCCUGGGCGCAGGGCGUCACAGGGAAGAACGUGACGACGGCUAUAAUGGACGACGGUGUCGAUUACAUGCAUCCGGAUCUCAAAUAUAAUUAUAACGCCAAGGCUUCUUACGAUUUCAGCAGCAACGACCCUUAUCCUUACCCGAGAUACACCGACGACUGGUUUAACAGCCACGGCACGAGGUGCGCCGGGGAGGUCGCGGCCGCGCGCGACAACGGGGUGUGCGGCGUCGGUGUGGCGUACGACUCGAAGAUCGCCGGGAUCCGGAUGCUGGACCAGCCGUACAUGACCGACCUGAUCGAGGCGAACAGCAUGGGCCACGAGCCCGACCUCAUAGACAUCUACAGCGCCUCCUGGGGACCCACGGACGACGGGAAGACGGUGGACGGGCCGCGUAACGCGACCAUGAGGGCCAUCGUUCGCGGCGUCAAUGAGGGCAGAAACGGAUUGGGCAACAUCUACGUCUGGGCGUCCGGGGACGGCGGUGAGGAGGACGACUGUAACUGUGAUGGAUACGCCGCGAGUAUGUGGACCAUCAGUAUCAACAGUGCCAUCAACGACGGCCAGAACGCCCAUUACGACGAGAGCUGCUCCAGCACCCUGGCUUCCACCUUUAGUAAUGGUGCCAAAGACCCUAACACGGGGGUGGCUACCACAGAUCUGUAUGGAAAAUGCACGACAACUCACAGCGGGACGUCCGCCGCGGCACCGGAAGCCGCGGGAGUGUUCGCGCUUGCUCUUGAAGCCAACCCGCAAUUGACUUGGAGAGAUAUUCAGCACCUGACCGUCCUAACAUCGAAAAGAAACUCUCUGUUCGACGCGAAGGACAGAUUUCAUUGGACCAUGAACGGCGUUGGGCUCGAGUUCAAUCAUCUUUUCGGAUACGGCGUCUUGGAUGCGGGAGCUAUGGUAGCCCUAGCUAAAAAGUGGAAGACGGUACCGCCGAGAUACCAUUGCGAAGCCGGUUCCACGUUCGAAAUGCAGAAAGUCACGAGUGAUCGGUCGAUUCUCGUGAAGAUUAAAACCGACGCGUGUGCCGGCACGGAGUAUGCCGUCAAUUACUUGGAGCACGUGCAAGCCGUCAUUUCCGUGAAUGGAACUCGGCGCGGUGAUCUCGAGUUGUUCCUCACGUCCCCGAUGGGUACCAGAUCUAUGAUUCUGAGCCGCAGAGUAAACGAUGACGAUCACAGGGAUGGAUUCACGAAGUGGCCAUUUAUGACGACGCACACGUGGGGAGAGUACCCUCAGGGAACUUGGUUGCUGGAGGUAAGCUUCAACACUCAAACGCCUCAACACGGAUGGCUGAAAGAAUGGACGCUGAUGCUCCACGGUACCAGGGAACCACCAUACACAGGACUAUCGACGGCGGAUCCUCACUCUAAAUUAGCGAUCGUCAAGAAAGCCCACGAGGAGCGAUUCAGCGCGAUCUAACGAUAUCGAUGACCACGUUCCACGCGAUUAUCGCCGAUUUCAGCGAAGAAAACGGGAAUAUUCCAAUCGGAAGAUGUUUACGCGAGCGCUCCCCUUCUGCUUUCCUGAUUUUGCGCUGCGCAGCUGAAGAGUGUACCUCGGUUUCUUUUUCAGAAUCUGAUUGCGCGCCGCCGAUCUCAUCACCCGUGCCAAUCUAUCGUCAUUUGUUAUCCCCGCGUGUGUUGGCUUACAUUCCCACUCGAGUCAUCGCAGAACAGUUAAAUCCCGGUACUUUGCAUUAUAGUCGUGCGUUUGUAUCACUCUGUAUAAUUACGGUAUCAACUAUAAUCACAUAUCGUACCGUUUAUAACAAAGCUUGUACCGUUAAGAAUGUCUAUCUUUUAUACAGUUUUCAGCACUUCAACUCGUUUGCUAAAUUACCAAAGGAAAGUUAAAAUAUUAGCCACCUGAUUAAAGGGCGAUUUUGCUUGCAAAUUUCUAAGAAAUUCUGGUAAAAGACGUGAAAUAAAUUUAAAAUUAAAUAUUUAUUGCAUUGCCUUCUGACGCGUUUUACGAUCUUUGAAGUACUUCGUUUUAACAUAGGUGCCGGGCACCGAAUGGAAAGAGUUGAAAAAAAUUAAUUCACAAUUGGCGGACAGUGAUGGAUAAAAAAAAUUAUGAUCGAUAGCGUUACAACUUCCGCAAAGAUCUAUCCGAUGUUUAUGAUCUGUUAUUUUUAAUUACAGUGUUAUUAUUAUCAUUGUUAUUAGUGCUAAGCUUCCGAGCGACAUACGACGCAAUUAUCGACGGGCAUUUGUUUUGCUAGAAUCCGCGUUGACAGCUUUCCGAAAAGUUUUCAAGUCGACGAUCGAAACUUGACGAUUUAGGGGAACAAGGUGUGACGGGAAAGGAAAUUUACUAUGUAUUACUCAAAUAGCGGAAUAAAAAAAAAUUACUCUUCUGACGGAGCGGUAAA